AAAACCAACAAAAAUCAAUUUUCCUUUAGUUUUGAGUGAAUUCCAUCCCAAAUCAAUCCCAAGUGGAAAAGCUGGGAUGGAUGAACCUGGGGUGAAAUGUUUGUGUGGACAUCCUGGGUGGAAAAGCUGGGAUGGAGCAAACUGGGGUGAGUGUUUGUGUGGAGAAGCUGGGGUGAGUGUUUGUGUGGAGAAGCUGGGGUGAGUGUGUGGAGAAGCUGGGGUGAAUGUUUGUGUGGAAAAGCUGGGGUGAAUGUUUGUGUGGAAAAGCUGGGGUGAAUAUUUGUGUGGAGAAGCUGGGGUGAGUGUUUGUGUGGAGAAGCUGGGGUGAGUGUUUGUGUGGAAAAGCUGGCGUGAAUGUUUGUGUGGAGAAGCUGGGGUGAAUGUUUGUGUGGAAAAGCUGGGGUGAAUGUUUGUGUGGAAAAGCUGGGGUGAAUGUUUGUGUGGAAAAGCUGGGGUGAAUAUUUGUGUGGAGAAGCUGGGGUGAAUGUGUGUGGACAUCCCACUCAUGGGCUGGCACGGGGAGGGAGCUCCCGUGGGCCCGGCGAUUCUCCGGGAUGGGCAGAGCAGAACCCUCGGAGAACCCCGAGCAUCUCCUGCCCAUCCCGAGCCAGAAGCACUCACGAAACACAAACACCAGGGCUGGCCCCGCAGCUCCGGCUGGGACCGGGGGAUUUACCCGGGGAUCAGCCCGGGCUCUGACCCACCGUGUCCCGCCGCUCUCCGCAGGCCGCUCCGGGCCCGUCCGCUCCCGCCGGGCUCUCCAUGCGAGCCGAGCCCCGAUGGCCGCGGUCCCGAGCGCCGCGAUCAAGCGCAAACAGGAGGAUGCGGGACCGGGAUCAGGAUCGGGAUCGGUCGCCUCGGACGACGAGAUCGCCACGAGCGACAGCGGCGACAGCUGCGACAGCGGCGGCAGCACCGGCAGCGCCGCCCCCCCGUCCAUCCUGCGGCGCUCCCGGGCGCGCCGGGGCGGGAAGCGCGUGCGCUUUGCCCAGGUCACCGUUUAUUACUUUGCCCGGCGCCAGGGCUUCACCUGCGUGCCCAGCGCCGGGGGCAGCUCCCUGGGCAUGGCCCCGCGGCACCACCGUGCCCGCAGGUACAGCCUCAGCCAGUUCGCUCACCUGCGCCAGGUGAGCCACCGGCAGCACCUGCGGCAGCACCUGCGGCGGGAGAAACUGCGUGCCAGGAGGAGAGAGCUGACCCAGAACGGGACGGUGCCGUCGGCCGAGGCCGCGGGGCUGACCCUGGCGGACGUGUCAGACGACGACCUGGACGUGGGGCAGGUGGAGGUGGGCGAUUAUUUCUACCUGCAGCCGCUGCCCACCAAGCGGCGCCGGGCGCUGCUGCGCGCCUCGGGCGUGCGCAGGAUCGACGCCGAGGAGCGCCAGGAGCUGCGGGCGCUGCGCCUGUCCCGGGAGCAGUGCGGGUGCCACUGCCGCCUCACCUGCGAGCCGCGCACCUGUGCCUGCAGCCAGGCGGGCAUCCAGUGCCAGGUGGAUCGCACCUCGUUCCCCUGCGGCUGCUCGCGGGACGGCUGUGGGAACGUGGCCGGGCGCAUCGAGUUCAACCCGCUGCGGGUGCGCACGCACUUCCUGCACACGCUGAUGAAGCUGGAGCUGGAGAGCCGGCGCCAGGGCGAGGAGGAGGAGGAGGAAGGAGCUGCGGGCCCCAGCUGGCCGCCCCCCCAGCCCCCCGAGACUCAGGACUUCCAGGAGUACCUGGCCGAGAACGAGCGGGCGGUGCUGCACCUGCAGACGGCCGAGGAGCUGGAGAGGCUGAAGGCUGAGGAAGACUCCGGAAGCGGCUCUGGGGCAGAGGGGGGCGGGCUCUGCGUGCUGGGGGAGCCCCUGGAUGACGCCUGGCAGGUGAAGGCUGCCCCGUGCCCCGGGCUCGGCUCCGCCCUCCUCAUCCCCGCGCAGUUCCCGCUGGAGCCCCCUGUGCUGUGCUACCCCCAGGGCCAGGUGGGCUCCCAGCCCUACCUGCCCGAUGCCCCUGGGCUCUUGUGCCAGCUGGAGCCACGGGCACCUGCCAAGGGGGGCAGUGGGCACGUGGAGCAUCCGGCUCCGGCCUCCAGCCCCCCCGGGAAGGAGCUGGGGGUCCCACCUGUCCCUGCGAGCAAGGAAGGAGCGCCCCAAAACCUCCCAGAGCACCUGGAGCAGCCCCACCUGCCCAUAUGAGUGGCCUCAGGCCUUGUGGCUCCAUUAUUUAUUCCAUGGAUUGAUUAUUUAAUUGGUGGGGGCUGCUCUGGACAGAGGAUUCACCUGGCCCAGGGCCAGGAGUCCUUCUCUCACCUGGUUGGGGUCUCCAGGACUCACCUGAGCUGCAGCCUCUGGGAUCCUUCCUGUUGUCCAUCCCACCUGGCAGAGCUCACCUGUGCCAGGACUCACCUGAGCUGGAGCCUCCUGGAUCCCACAGCAGCUCUGUCCCCCCUGGCUGCCUCCACCUUCCGUGUUUUUAAGGGAAAAUCCAUUUUUCCCUAAUUGCUGUUUGUUUAAUGAAUGUCUCACCUGGGCCACCUCAUGCAGGUGAUGCUCCCACUCACCUGCAGCUGGGAAACACCUGGAACUGGCACAAGAGACCCAAUGCUGAGUCCCCAAACCCACCUGGAAAUUCUGGGGGGUUGAACCAACUUCACCUCCUCGUUGGCUCCUCCAUCACCUGGAACUGCUCAUCUGUACCUGUGGGAACCUUCUGGAACGUUCAUUCCCUGCGGGGAGGUGCCUCCAGCAGCUGCUGAGGGGUUGGAGCUGCCCCUGCAGGGACCAGAUUUGGGAUGUGAGGGUGCAGGAGUGUCCCUGUCCCUACCUGUGAUCCUGGCCCGCUGCAGGUGGGCUCUGGGUGUCCAGGUGCUCCUGGAGCAGUUCCAGCAGGACCAGAGCCCUGCAGGUGUGCCCAGGUGUGCCAUGGAUGCAGUGGCACCUGCCUGACCCCUGAGCUCUCAGCUGG